AUGUACAGCAAGCCUAACACUGAUACAUACUUAUGGCAGAAACAUGUUUACUAUUUCCAUUUGGAUACAAACACAUCCAUGGUACAAUUUGGAACUGUACAAACAAAUUCCGCUUUUGCUAUAGACGGGAUUGAAUUUCAACUUUGUGAAGUUUCUACGAAUGAAACAGACGAGGCAGACGGACAUGUGAACAUUCAUACAGUGUUCGUUCAUGAUUGGUCAUCAAUUCAUGCAGAAUGGUCUUUCGUUGAUUUGGAAACGGACAUACUUGAAUAUAUGUGGGCUAUUGGGACUGUCAAAGGCGGAACUCAGUUACAAACAUUUGUAAAUGUUGGACGACAAACGUUUGCUAGUAACAACACACUUAGACUGGAACACGACACUGUGGUAUAUAUAACAGUUAUUGCAAUAAAUGCUGCAGGACUACGUACGGUGAGCUACUCAGAUCCAAUUAUGAUCGACCUGACAAAACCUGAAUGUCAUUUUGUAAAUGAUGGUCCUGUACAAGGCACUUCUAAGGGUGAUACAUCAAUAGAAGGUUUUGUCACAAUUAAACCUGAUCAACGGAACGCAAGUAAAACGUUUCUAGGACUUCCCAAAGAAAGAGUGUUUGCAACUGUAAGAUGUACAAAUGGGGCUGGAUUAACACACACCUGCUCAUCUGAUGGUGUCAAGCUAGUUCAGAAACCACCAUCCGUUGAUAACGUCAUAUUAGAAUUACUGACAACUUCAUCAAGUCAGUACGAGCCACGUGAUCAUUACCAUGGCAACAACACUGAAAUACGGUUCAGGUGGACUGGAUUUAAAUAUGAUGAUGGCGUACAAAGCUACUUGAUUGCUCUUGUUGGAGAUAAAGUGUCGGCGUCCGAAAUUGUUCAAAGUUCAUCUUCUGGCUACAGUUACGGAAGUUUCACAGGACUGAACAUGAUGGAUGGAAACUACACUGUAUCAGUAACUGGUAUAAAUGAAGUAAAAAUGUACAGUCAGAAAACAUCCAGCAUAUUCCAUUUAGUCACAGUUCCACCAAGUCUAACAGGUUCACCGAUAAAUACAAAUUGGGUAAAGGCGACGUCAACUGCUACAGCAUCUUGGAAAAACGUGUUUGCAUCAAAUGAACCACUUUACUAUGAAGUGUCUGCAAGAUUUGAAGAAGGAGGGGAAGGAGAUCUCGUGCAGUGGCAGGAAACAGUUGAUACUCGGAUUGAAAUUGUUUUGGAUACAAAGGAAAUGACACCUGCAGGAGUAACCGUUCGCUUUUCCGUCACUGCUAUAUCGCAUGUAGGACUGUUUACAAUUGCUCAUGGCAACCUUUUUGUAUUGCCAUAACUUACAAAUGACUUUUCUAAAUAUGCGUUUGUUUCAAAUCAGAUUUGCACUAGUUUCAAAACACUUUCAAUUGGUACUGUAGAUGAUAAGGUAAAACAAGCGGUAUAUGAGACAAAGUUUAUUUGUAAAUUUAUCCAAAUAAUUGAAAUACCAGUCGUUGUAAAUAAAUGUUUAAACAUU